GUUCCUCAGCAAUAUGGCUGUCAGUAUAAAUUUGAUGCUUGUAACAUGAGUUUCUCUCCGAGAAAUUUAACAAGCGUAAGCGUAGUUUCGCGUUACGCGCGGCGUGAUGUGACUUUUGCGUGCCCGGCAAUGCGGAAAUGGCAACGCGGAUCGGUUGAAACCGGAGCGAGACAGCCAGAACGGUUUUUGAGAAGGCAGGUAUUCACGAGUCGUCUAUUGAGCAAUAUACUUUAUCACCAUGACGUCAAGACUAGACAGACUAUUCAUAUUAUUGGAAACUGGGACAAAUGCAGUUACCAAAAGAGCAGCUGCGCAACAGUUGGGAGAAGCGCAGAGAUUACAUCCUCAUGAUCUACAUCACUUAUUAGCGAGAGUUUCUACCUUAUUAAAAUCCUCACAAUGGGACACUCGAAUAUCGGCAGCCCAUGCUGUUCAAGCUAUACUUGCUCAAGUGCCACCUUGGGAUCCACAGCCAAUCAAGAAGGAAGUCUCUACCGAUGAAUCCGAAGUGACUAAACGCAAGACUUCCACUACCAGAUUGAAUUUAGAGUCUUUUGAUAUGAGCAGAGUUCUAGCUCGUAGUUCACAUCUUACUGGAUCCGAAGGCAGCGAAUAUGACCUAACUAUAUCAGAAGGAGAACAGUUAUCUCUGCCUAGUCAGCAAGAAAAAUUAGCUGCAAAGCUGGGCUUUCAUCCACGUUUGAUGGGCGUCGAUGAUUUAUUUACCGUCGAGGAUCUUACUCCAGUACAGGUGCCAUGUAUGACACACGGUGCCACUACACCUUUAGACGAAACUUUGAAACAACCAGGAGGAUUGAGCAGAAGAGAAAUGAACAGAGCGAAACGCAAGGCGCGUCAGUCAGUGACAAAGCAACGAUCGCGUGAACCGGAUGACCAUCGCACUAAUGAUGAUUCAAAUUCAAUGAAUGUACAAUCUCCAGUUAAUAAUAUUGGCGAACCACCGAUCAAAAAAGUUAUAUUAGAAGACACGAGCUUAUCGGAUACUGGAUCAAAGUGCAGUAUAUCUAACGAGCAAGUAAAUGGAGUGCCAGACGGUACUGGAUGCUGGCCAGAUUCUGUCGUAGAUUGGCCUUUAGAAUCCUUCGCAGAAAGUCUUUGCCAAGAUUUAUUUAGUCAAAAGUGGGAGGUGCGUCAUGGAGCGGCAACAGCUUUACGGGAACUCAUAAGACUUCAUGGUAAAGGAGCAGGCAAGUCUACAGAUCAAACUCGGGAAGAAAUGCAGGGGAGCCAUUACGAAUGGGUGAUUGAUGCCGCCUUACGAUUACUGUGUGUACUGGGGCUUGAUCGAUUUGGAGAUUUCGUGUCUGAUCAAGUUGUUGCGCCGGUACGAGAGACGUGUGCUCAAGCGUUAGGGUCGCUCGUCCUACUAAUACCCGGAGGUCCAAAUGCCAAAGAUAUGAACGUUUUUCCCGGAAUACUUUCUAUAGUUCUCAAACUAUUGGAAUAUAACGAAUGGGAAGCGAGACACGGUGCAUUUCUUGCUUUAAAAUAUUUAUUGGCCGUGCGAGACGAUCUGUUGGACGAGGUAUUGCCAAAAGUGUUUCCCGCUAUUAUGCAAGGACUGUCCGAUCCUGUCGACGAUGUAGGCGCGGCCGCCGCAAGUGCACUUAUUCCAGUGGCACAUGCUCUUCCACGAUUAUUAAAACCAACAGAGCUGGAAGCGAUCGUAAUACGUCUUUGGCAAUUGUUGAAAGAACAAGAUGACUUGGCUGCAGCUUGCAACACUUUUAUGGGCCUCUUGGCUGCGAUACUUUCAUUACCAGCGGCACACGCUUGUUUAACGCCCCAGCCGUUGUCGGAGGUAUUACCACGUUUAUGGCCAUUCCUCAAUCACUCAAGUUCGAGUGUACGUAAGGCCACGCUGCAAACGCUGCAGACCUUAACCGGAAACAAUGAAAAUCGUAGCGAAAACAAAAAGGAGCGAUGGGGCGAGAAUGGCGGAUUAGUUUUGCAAGAAGCGUUGAGACAUGUAUUUCAAUGCGUGCUAAUCGAACAUAUUGGCGUGAUACAAGACGUGGCCGAACGUGUCUGGGAAAAUCUAGUCGUCCGGAGUGAUCUCGAAUUAUUGCUACACGCGGCUUGCCCUCAUGUCAGUACGUGGCUUUGCCUCGCCAUGCAACCGGAACAUGUGCCAUUCAAUCCAAACUUGUUAAUGACAGUCGCCAGUACUAUUAAGGGCACGAAAAAUAAUCAAACGGUCGCUUAUUGCGACGGGCAAUCGGAUACGAAUGGCGGUAACAGUAAUGUUAAUGCAAACGCGAAAUCGUUAUCCGAAUUGAAAAUGUACAUCGGCGGGAUUGAAACGGUGGCGUUGAAUGUACGAAAGGCAAACGUAGUACAGGCUCGUUGCAGAGCGUCUCGUAUGUUAGGAUUGCUGUCGCACUAUGUUGUACAACCCGCACCGGGUGUCGUUUAUCCACCAGAUGUGCCUAGUCCAGCGCUUUGUUAUGCUAAAGUCCUGUUGGCGCAUCUUAAUUCACGAUCGGCGCUGCAACGUACCGUUGUGGGACUUACAAUGUCUCAUUGGGCGACUGUGGAUCCACUGAUAAUACCCACGAUACCAGACAUACUCAGUGGCAGAUUAUUGGCUUGUCUAAAUGAAUGUAUGUACUAUGAUGAGAUUGCGACCUCCUUUACUCGACUGCUGCACGAAAGUCGAGAUUACAUCGCAACUUUAAAACAUUAUAAAUUGGUGGUGCCAAUUGAAGUAGAUUCAUCCGGCGUAAUGACGCUUGAUCAGAUCGCUACACUUGCUGGGAAAACAAUUCUCACCCUUUGCACUGUGGGAGGAAACGCAGGUGCAGCUAAUAUUGGCAACUGUUCAAUAGCCAUUAAAUUGAAACCUAAAUUAAUGGAGAGCUUAGAGGAGAGGAGACGAGCGUUGGACGUCGGAGCGGCUACGACAGCAGCACAACAACAAUCGUUGCAUGUUAUGUCAAUGGCCGCUCUCGCCGGUGCCGCCACAAUGUUACAUAUCCUUCCUCCAUCCCCUCAGCCACUUAAUCCGUUAGUAAAACCGCUAAUGGAGGCUAUAAAACGCGAGGAAAACGAGGAACUGCAAAAACUGGCUGCGAAACAUUUGUCUCAUUUAGUUGAGCUUUGUGUCGACCGAAAACCAUCUCCGAACGCAAAGAUUUCCACCAAUCUCUGUACAUUCCUAUGUUCUGACGUUGAGUUUACACCACGGGUAUGUUGCGACACUGAGGCUUUCGAUGGCAUACUCACUUUGAAUAACAGGCAAAAGCAUGCUGAAAGAAUAGCAUACAAUCGUGGCGCAGGUAGCGGACUCGGCAGCGGUAGAGGCCCUGGUAGGCCACCGACGACUGAGAUUCCCCUUGAGGAAUUACUCGCUUGCGAAGAACCAGAAGCCAAAGCCGCCAGAACGCGUCGUCGCGGAGCUACAUUGGCAUUAACAGCUAUAGCUACUCUCUUUGGUGCUCAAUUGCCUAAUCGCUUACCUCAACUGUGGGAUUUGAUUUUACCGAACACACUGAAACACGCAACCAAACAAGAUAAUAUACAGGAGGAGGAAGGAAAUCAAUUAAUCUUCAGUUUACAAGUGUUAGAAAUUUUGGCGCCAAGUUUGGACAAGUCUCUAUUACCACCUGCGCUAGAGGUUCUACCGUGUUUGUGCGAUUUACUAGCGCAUCCAUUCAAAGCCGUUAGGCAUAUGGCCUCGCGAUGUAUAGCUACAUUAGCUACUCUAAAUGCAGAGAAGACAAUGGUACACAUAAUACGCAGCGUUAUACCACUCUUGGACACAACUGGAAGUGAGAGGAAAUGUUCUUCGGGCAUAGUGGCACCGAACAAAGUCGAUUCCGUACGCCAAGGGGCAGCGGAAGCUCUAAUUUGCAUCGUCGAGAGCUUAGGCGUACACGUGGUACCAUAUGCAGUACUAUUUAUGGUACCCUUAUUGGGACGUAUGAGCGACCAAAAUCAAUCUGUAAGACUAGUUUGUAGCGCGACAUUCGCUACGCUUGUGCAGCUGUUACCGCUAGAUCCUGGCGCGAUUGCGGACCCACCAGAUCUAGUGCAAGAAAAGGCACAGGAGAGAAAGUUUUUGGAUCAACUUCUGAACCCGCAUAAUAUUCCUGACACGGAACUGCCGAUUCCUGUAGCCGCGGAAUUACGUUCGUAUCAACGACAGGGCUUGAAUUGGCUCAAUUUUCUGAAUCGUUAUCAUCUUCACGGAGUUCUGUGUGACGACAUGGGCCUCGGGAAAACAUUACAAACGCUCUGCAUCCUAGCGCUGGACCAUCAUCGCAAUCCACAGGCGCCGACCAGUCUAGUGGUAUGCCCGCCAACUCUUACCGGUCAUUGGGUAUACGAGGCCGAGAAAUUCUUCAAAGCGAAGGAUUUGUCAGUCAUUCAGUACGCCGGCACACCACAAGAUCGCGAGAAAUUGCGCCCCCGGGUGCCACACAACAGACUCGUGAUUGCGAGUUAUGACAUUUUACGAAAGGACAUUGAAUUCUUCGAGGCGCAUCAAUGGAAUUACUGUGUGCUCGACGAAGGCCAUAUAAUAAAGAACGGCAAAACGAAAAGCGCCAAGGCUACGAAACGAUUGCACGCGAAUCACAGGCUUAUAUUGUCUGGCACACCUGUACAAAACGACGUGCUCGAGUUGUGGUCUCUAUUCGACUUUUUGAUGCCGGGCUUUCUCGGCAGUGAGAAACAAUUUGCCGCUAAAUAUUCCCGUCCCAUCUUGGCCUGCAGAGAACCGAAGGCAGGACCGAAAGAACAGGAGGCUGGUGCUUUAGCUAUGGAAGCUCUUCAUAGACAGGUAUUGCCGUUCUUAUUGAGACGAAACAAGGAAGACGUGCUGCAAGAUUUACCUCCCAAAAUCACACAGGAUUAUUACUGUGACCUAUCACCUUUGCAACGCAUACUUUACGAAGAUUUCCGCACUCGUCAUUCGGCUUUCACCAACAGCUCCUCCUCUUCGAAUGACUCUCAAAGCAGCCACGUGUUCGAGGCGCUGCGUUAUUUGCGUAACGUGUGCAAUCAUCCCAAAUUGGUGCUGAGUCAAGGCCAUCCACUGUAUCGAACAGUAUGUGACAUGUUGAAACAGCAACAAAGCACUCUGGCGGAAAUUGAGCACGGCGCCAAGUUACUUGCAUUGAAGCAACUGCUGUUGGAUUGCGGUAUCGGACAACAGCAACAGCAGCAAACUCGCAAUUCCUCCGCUGUGAAUCUUGCCACGGAAAGCAGCCACUCCCAGGAACAGCAAUUAGUUAGCCAACAUCGGGCUCUAAUUUUCUGUCAAUUGAAAGCAAUGUUGGAUAUCGUGGAGGAGGAUUUACUUCGCACGCAUCUGCCAACAGUAACAUAUCUCCGUUUGGACGGCAGUGUUCCGGCGGCGCAGAGACACUCUGUCGUAGCGCGUUUCAAUGCCGAUCCAUCGAUAGACGUUCUUCUAUUGACCACUCAGGUUGGAGGUCUUGGAUUAAAUUUAACGGGAGCGGAUACAGUCAUAUUCGUGGAGCACGAUUGGAAUCCUAUGAAGGAUCUCCAAGCGAUGGACCGCGCGCACCGUAUAGGCCAGAAAAAAGUAGUCAACGUAUACCGCUUGAUUACUAGAUCGACAGUGGAGGAGAAAAUUAUGGGGCUACAAAAAUUCAAACUUCUCACUGCGAAUACGAUAAUAUCGACGGAGAAUGCUUCUUUGGAGACCAUGGCUACUGAUCAAUUGUUAGAUCUAUUCUCGUUGGAUAACGGAAGGGAGAAGAGGACGGAUCACCAAGAGGACAAUGUUUCGUCGAAACUUCCUGGCCUACCGGGAAUUAGCCGUUCUGUGCUAGAUAUCCUACCCGAACUCUGGGAACAACAGCAAUACGAUGAUGAAUACGAUCUCGACUCAUUUUUGUCUACUCUCAAGGCUGAUAGCCAGUAAGCUUACCAGUACCUCGACAAAUCAUUCAAAGUAGAUUUAAAGUUUGGCAAGUAAUUUCACGUAACUCCGAAGUUGAUAUAUGAUAUCAAAGGAAAAUAUUGUAGAAAUCGCAUCCGGUUGUUAACUCUUGGUUACGUAUAGUUCGGUAGUUGUAACAUAUCCCAAUGGCCAAAAGCGAUCUUACAUAAUUUACACACUAAUAAAAACUACGCCUGAUUAAGAGUUAACAGGCUCAUGUAACCCUGUUACAAUGGAACGAGCCGUUAAGUUUCAAUUAAUAAGAAAAAUGACAUUAUCAGCGUA